AUGGCGAACGAGUGCCUCACCGCUGCCGUGUUUCUGCAGGUGACGAACUUGCCCUUGAUCCUCACGUCGUUUUCAUCGGCACCCACCGCGACAGGAUUUGGCAUAGGAUUGAUGUUGGCCUUAGCUGGCCUGACCACCACCUCCGCAGAAGGAACCAUCGAUGAGAAGCGCCAGGUCAUGUCAGCGAAAUCCACGCUGGUGGCGACCUCCUGGGCGAAUCGGGCGGUGCGCGUCUCGAAAGGUCUCGUGGACUCCUAUGCCGCCAUUCACUUUGCUGCCGUUCGAAAGGGCACAUCGUCUUCCAUCCUCCACGCCAUCCUCACCUUCCUUGGCGUGGCUGCGGUGGCUUUCACCGCUGCGAUGUGGCUGAUCACCGGCUACUACGGACAAUGA